CACCAACACCACCUCUCACGAUGAGCUGGGUCUGCAACAGCACACAGACGUUUCCCAUUAACCAGAGCUUCAACGCCUCGCCCCCCACCUGGCAUCUAGACGGCGACGCUGUUCUGAAGAUCUCCCUGAUGGCGCAUGUCGUGCUGCUGUCGGUGUGCGGGAACCUGUCCGUGAUGGCGGUGGUGUACCUGAGCGCGUCUCUCCGAUCCACCGUCAACUACCUGCUCGUGAACCUCGCUGUGGCCGAUUUUCUGUUUACCAUUUUCUGUUGGCCGUCCAUCGUUAACAGGAUCACGAGCCCUCUUUAUGUGCUGGACCGCUCCAUCUGCAAGAUAAAUGUCCUGGUGGAAGUGACUUCCCUUACCGUGUCUGUGCUCACAUUGGUGGCCGUGGCCUGUGACCGCCUCUACGCUGUGACGAUGCCCAUCCGUGCCCGCAACGCGACCGACUGCCCCUCCGCCACCAUCGCCACCAUCUGGGUCGUGUCCGUGGUCGUGGCGCUCCCUAGCUUCUACAUGAGGGACCUGCAGAUCGUCCAGUGGAGCGACUACAGCAUGAAGACUUGCACGGACGUCCUCCAUCUGUGCACGGAGGCCAUUCGCCAAGCCUUCCGCUACUACCACAUUCUGCUGGUGUUGAUUCUGUUCUUCCUGCCCGGUGCCGUGAUGGUGCUGGCCUACACUGUUAUCGUGUGGAAGCUGUGGUGCGUCAGAGACUCCAGCCUGAGUGAGAAUCAGCCACAGCAGCAUCUUCAGGCGAGGCGGAAGGUCGUGGUGAUGACUGCAGUGGUGCUGGCCGCCUUCUUCAUCUGCUGGUCGCCGCUCAACGCCAUCAUGUUGUACAACUACUUCAAAAGUGCACAGGAAAUGCCCAAAGUGGGGGCGAGCCGGGCCCCCUUCUGGGUCUACUUCCUCGCCUACUUCAACUCCGCCCUCAACCCCCUCCUCUACGGCGGCUUCAGCGACAACUUCAGGCAGGGCUUCAGGAAAUUCUACCGAACCCUCUGCAGGUCAAACGGUGCGUGCCAGCAUCAGCCAUACCGAGCGCCAGCAGAACACCACACGGUCACGCUGCGGCUCUCGAACACCUUAAUGAACAGCCAACACAAGCGAGCUUCUUCCGCCAAGACAUGAUCGCCGGUUUGACAUGAGCUGACGAGUAAGCACCGCUCGACUCGGAGCAGAUUCCGCUCGUUUCCCGCCGCCGCCGCAGGAGGCAUCCGCGGCCACAAUGGACCCAGCGAAUACCUUUAGCGGGGCCGAGGGCGAGCAGUCAAAACACUUUAUUUUCAUUUGUGAGGUGUUAGCUUCGCGUGUGACAUAGGGCUAUGUUGUGUUAAAUUCUUUGCGUUUUUUAUUGUUAUAUUAUAUGGUGACAUCAAGUAUCUUGUUCUUAAUACGAAUGCAAAAAAAGAAAAAACUAUGUAUAUAUUCUACCUUUAUAUUCGUUUCCAUUCUUCACAAAUAACAGCGGAGAAAUGUAACAUAAUUUAAGAAUAUGACCAGUAAAAAGUGUUUAUUGACAUAUGUAGAUAAUGGUUUUGUACUUCAUUGUACUUAAAAUAACGCACCUA